UGGAACCCGCCGACCAGGCACGAGAUGUGGCUGCGGCUAACCCGCGGGAUGACAUUUUCAGGUGUCUGUGUGGAGUCUGCGACCCACAGGAGCCCGACGAGCGCCUGUGUUGCCAUUCUGUUGCCAGGGUGGUAGAAAUGUGCAACAGUGCCGCCGUGCAGUGCAUAACACAACACCCAUUACUCAGGGACAUCUGCCUCCGUAGGGAGCUUCUAGUGGUGUACGCGCCUCAAUUCUGCCGCUAUGAUCAACAUUUUAGGCGACUCAAUCCCCAGGACCACAGGUGCCUGAGGUUCACGGCAUACUCGUCAUUCACGAGAUGGGUCUGGGGAUACCUUGGUCCAAGGAACAGACGACAGGUUCCUGGAUGCGUUGUCCGAGCCAUCAGGAGGGAGUUCCCAUCUACGUCCUAUCAAGGCUAUCAGCGUUACGACCAUCGAAGCAAGGGUGUCUUGACCAGAGAGACAAGCUGGUGCAUACUGAUGGCUGGAACUGGAGACAUGUAGUCGCAAGACAAAAAUUUUGCUGACAUAGGCACACUUUGUGUAAAUGAGCCCUUGGUCAUCCCCCUUGCCUCCCAUCAGAGGUUUUGGAGGAUACUA